AUGCAAUUUUUUGUGAGUAGAGAUGUCAUUUUUAAGGAACAUUUGUUUCCUUUUACCUUUUCUUCUGGCAGUCGUUUGGUAUGUUUCCCAUCUCAUGAUAGGGAGGAUAAUAUUUCACUACUGACAGAUCAUGAGAUACUAGAUCAUAAUCAUGAAAGUAUUGUGCAAAAUGGUGCUGCUGCUGAAGGUUGUGUGGAGUCUGCAGAUACACAUGAAGCUGAAAAUCCUAAUAGUACUGUGAGAAAUGGUACUGGUGAUGUGACAAAUGGUACUGGUGCUGAAGAUUGUGUAGAGCAUGCAGAUGCACAUGGAGAUCAGAAUGUGAGAAAUGAAAGAGCUGAAUAUGUGGAUGUUGAACCUCAUCAUGAAGACACACAAACAGCUCCAAGAAGAUCUGGAAGAAUCCCUAAACCACCAUUGUGGCAUGAGGACUAUGUAACUUCAAAAGGAAAGUGCACAUCGUUAUAUCCUAUAUCUAAUUAUGUGUCCUAUCACAAGUUAUCUACAAAAUGUAGAAGAAUAUUGGCCAGUUUUUCAGAAACAGUUGAACCACAUAACUUUCAAGAAGCAUCUAAGGAUAGCAAGUGGGUGGAGGCAAUGAAACAAGAAGUCAAAGCUUUAGAAGACAACAAGACAUGGAAUAUAGUUGACCUUCCAAAAGGUAAACAUGCCAUUGGGUCUAAAUGGGUUUACAAGAUAAAAUACCAUGCAAAUGGUAAGAUAGAGAGAUACAAAGCCAGACUAGUGGCAAAAGGAUAUAGUCAAAAGGAGGGACUUGACUAUCAUGAGACCUUCUCCCCUGUAACUAAAAUGGUUACAGUUAGGUCCAUUAUAUCACUGGCAGCAUCUAGGGGGUGGAAUAUAUGUCAAAUGGAUGUGUAUAAUGCCUUCUUGCAAGGAGAUUUAGAUGAAGAAGUCUAUAUGGCACUCCCACAAGGCUUUGAGAGACAAGGAAAAAAAAAG